UACUGUCAUCUACCGCCAGGAACGCGUGCACUAAACGCACCUCGUCGCACUGUCGCUCGCUUGUCGUCAAAAAAUAACCGUCGUUUUCAUGCACCUAUACUGAAUCGGGAUUGUAGUUUUGUGUUCGUAAAACCUGGAUAAUUUGUGCUUUAUUUGUGAUUAUCCGGUUCAAACAAAAGGAUUACAGCUAGGUAAAGUAUUGUCCUGCAACCGUUGGUUAUUAUUCAGCCGAAAACAAAUGGAACGGGGGCGGUAAACAGCUUGUAAAAGUGAGCAACGACUUCGCGUUGUCGGGAGUCGCUAAGUGGAGCUACGAAAGGGGGCGAAAGUGCAUUCCGAUUGCCUUCGAAGGAAAGAUCGACGCCCAAGAUGACGAUGGAACUAUCGAUUAUAGCGCAGUUUGAUGAGCUGAGGCGCUGCUCGGACGUUUUACGGGAAGGCACCGCCGAAAUGGAAUUCCUGAAGUUUGUUCAGCUGCAGGACGAGUGUAGGAUUCAGUGGUUGAAAGCGGUUCAGGAAGCUCAACGGCUACAGCGGGAGUUGGACAACGCUUUGAGGGGAAUGUCCGAUUUGGAAUCGAAACUGUUUCAUGCGCGGAAAUUGCUGGAGGAGGAAAAUAAAGCCCGGCGACAUGCCGAACACGAAAGGGAAGCAAUGGAGAAGAAGAUGGUUGCGGUUUGCGACAUAGUUCGGAACGAGCGGGACAUCAAGGAUGAGACCAAGGAGCGACUGGCUUUCAUGAACGCUUAUUCCUACAAACGGAAGUCAACUCACAAUCGUAGCGACAAGUACGGGAACAACGAUAUCAACUCGACGGGUUCGUUCCUUUCGGAUUUGUCCCUGACCCAAUCGGAAGAUGACUUCCUCAACUCGAAAGUAUCCCGUCACUCGGGGCUUCGUCCUCAUCGGCCUUCGAACAACAACGCAUCGGGAGCAUUUUACGUUGGAAAUAAGCGAACCCGGCUCAGUCACGAUGCAUCGAAGAGAAAGAGCAUAAAUCAAGAAAGUAAGAAGGUGAUCGAGUUGGACACAAACGAGAAAAUCAUUGCCCAUACGAAAGUGUCCGUGCCUCAGGACGAUGGACCAAUUCUGGCUGAAUCGAUCAUUCAAGCCGUUCCCUCGCAUCAGUCAGGGUUCGAUUUGAUGUCCAAACCUUCGAUUGUACUGCCAAAGGCAACGCCUAAGAAAGAUAAUUCAAAGGAAAAUGUCGCGCCGAGCGAGUUCAAAACGCCUACGAAUGCGGAGAAAAAGUUCUCGAAAAUGAACUUAUUCACGCCCUCAGCACCGCCCAUGGAAGAACUUCAUUCUGGAUUCAACAGGAACACGUUAACUCCAUCUGUGAAGCGUAGUUUUAUGAGGCAACAUGCAUUUACCGGUAAAACACAUGCCUUCCUGAAAUCGGAAACCUGCGCCCAAUGUCAGCAAAGAAUUCGCUUCGGAUCCAGUGGACUUCGGUGUCGAGACUGCAAGGUCGUUGUUCAUGCAGAUUGCCGCGAUCAGCUAUCGAUCGCAUGUGUUCCCCAAAGUGGUGGAACUCCCGGAUCCAAGGGUAAAUUCACAGGUUACUUGUCGGACUACACCCCGAACAUUGGCCCGAUGAUCCCGGGACUGAUUGUACACUGUGUCAAUGAAAUCGAAACGCGCGGCCUUAUGGAAGAGGGUAUCUACAGGAUCCCAGGAUCGGAGCGGGAAGUUCGAGCACUGAAAGAGAAAUUCCUCAGCGGAAAAACCGUACCCAAUCUGGCCUCGGUGGACAUCAACGUACUGUGCGGAUGUGUGAAAGAUUUCUUGCGGUCACUGCGUGAGCCGUUGAUUCCGACGGCCAUGUGGAACACGUUUUCCAACGCGGUUCAGGCAAUCUCCGCCAAACAGGUGCAGAAAGAGUUGUACGACGCCAUCGAAAGCCUUCCGCAGCCGAAUCGCGACACGCUGGCCUAUUUGGUGCAGCACUUCCAGCGGAUCGCCGAAUGCAAAGUGGUCAAGAUGUCCCUGAACAACUUGGCCCGGGUAUUUGCCCCGACGAUCGUGGGGUACUCUAGCGAGAACGUAGAUAAGCACGCGAUGUUCGCCGAAACCGUAAUUCAGGUUAAUGUUCUGGAGGGUCUGUUCAACAUUCCCACCGACUAUUGGUCCCAGUUCGUGAACUUGGAAUCAGAGUCCGAUCGAGAUGAGGCACCACAGCAAAAACCGUAUGGUACCCUAAACGCCAAGAGUUAUAUGGGUACACCGCUGCUGAAGAGUGGACGGAAAGAGCGGAAAUUCUACGCCACACCCCCGUACCCGUCAUCGAAGAAGAAAUGAUCGUUAGCCGCGCUGAGGUACUCCAAAUGCGGUACUUACGUGGUCAACAACGCGAGUAAGUGAUAACGUCCUGUCUAAAAUUGUCCAAACACCGUCUCUCUACCUACCGAUCAGUAAUUUAACGUUAACGCUACCUGGUACUCUAAUUUCAACAAAACGAGGCACGGACCCACAAAAGGGGCACGGUAUGCACCUUGUGCUUCGUCUUAUUUUAUUCAGUUCAAUACGUGCAUUUAAUUAUGAUUUACUUUUACUGAGAAAACAAUCCGGAGCCGGAACAUUGUUGCUUUUUAUUGAUGGUAUAAUAUUUUUAGCAAUAAAUAUACGUGUAAAUAUCAUGACAUUA